GUUGGGAAUAGGAAUGGGAAUGGAAUUGGCAAUGGUAAUGGGAUUGGGGCGUCACAGCGUGGUUCGCAGGGUGCUGGAGGGCAGCGGUUUCUACGCCCGCCACGGUUAAGUGCACCGAAGACGCCGGGCAACGACGACGACGCACGCCCUUGGUCGGAACGGUUUGCACCGAUCAGCCUCGACGAACUGGCGGUGCACAAGCGGAAAGUGCAGGACGUGAAGAGGUGGCUGGACGAGGUAUUCGCCGGGCGUAUGAGGCAGCGACUGUUGGUGCUGAAGGGCGCUGCUGGGUCGGGAAAGACGACGACGCUGCGUUUAUUGGCGAGGGAUAUGCGGUGUGAGGUGCUGGAGUGGAGGAAUCCGGCGAAUUCGUUUGGGCUUGCUGGACAUGGAUACCAGUCGGCCGCCGCCCAAUUCGAGGAGUUUCUGGGAAGAGGGGGGAAGUUUGGGCAGUUGGAUAUCGAGUCUGAUGGCGCCACGCCGCCUCCAAUGCCACCGCCUCAACCUCGAAGCGCUAGUAGCAAUGGGGUGAAUCAAGGGGCGGAGAGGAGGCUGAUACUUGUGGAGGAGUUUCCCAACACAUUUAUGCGCUCGUCGAGCGGGCUGACGGGUUUCAGGAACGCCAUCUUGCAGUUCCUAGCGGCUAACACGCCGGCAUUGGGCGGGUUUGGAUUCAGCCCUAGCUCGGAGCCUAUUACGCCCAUCGUAAUGGUCAUAUCGGAGACGCUACUCACGACGACAUCGGCCUCGGCGGACAGUUUCACCGCCCAUCGGCUACUUGGUCCGGAGAUCUUGAAACACCCGGGAACCGGUGUUAUCGAGUUCAACCCGGUUGCGGCGACCUUUCUGACAAAGGCCUUGGAAUUGGUGGUACAGAAGGAAGCUCGAAAAUCGGGGAGGCGGCGCACACCGGGGCCACUUGUCCUCCAACGCCUCGGGGAGAUAGGUGACAUUCGAAACGCAAUUUCAUCUCUCGAAUUUCUCUGCGUCAAAGGGGACGACGAAGCGGAAUGGGGCUCCAAAAUCGCCUUCACCAAACCGAAACGUGGGGCCAAGGGCGUCCCGGCCCUCACCCAAGGUGAGCAGGACAGCCUCGAGCUAGUCUCGCAACGGGAGGCGACACUCGGGAUCUUCCACGCCGUGGGUAAAGUGGUCUACAACAAAAGAGGAGGUGACUUUCCGCUAGGUUCCGCCGAAGCCGCGGCUGAAACGCUGCCGGACUACAUGUCGCACCUCGCGCGACCUAAACGGUCCGAGGUUACGGUCGACACGCUCAUCGACGAAAUCGGUACCGAUACUCACACCUUCAUCUCGGCGCUCCAUGAGAACUAUGCGCUCUCGUGCGAGCAGAGCAGCCCACUCGACCCCAACUCGUCGCUCGACUACAUCAAUGGCUGCCUUGACUAUCUAUCGGAGAGCGAUCUGCUCUACCCAUCGUGGGAUGUCUUCUUCGGCGGCAAGGGUUUUGGAGGUGGAUAUAUGGGCAAGGACUCGGGCAGCCACAUCCUGCGACAGGACGAGAUGGCGUUCCAGGUUGCCGUGCGCGGGCUGCUGUUCUCGCUGCCGUCGCCCGUGAAACGGCAGUCGCACCCUACCGGUCGAGGUGGGGAUGCAUACAAGAUGUUUUACCCGACAUAUCUAAAACUAUGGCGGACCAAGGAAGAACUGGAAGGCAUGGCCGAUCUGUGGGCGACCAAGAUGCUCAAGGGCGAGGACGGUGGAGCGCCGUCGACCCAGGCGCCGGGGUUCGUCAAGGACGGAUCGUCUGCGUUUCGCAAGGGCGGCGGCGCCAACGGGUUCCCUGGCACCCAAGCGCUGGCCUCUCCGGCGCGUCAGACGAGUAAGCCCGAUGGACAGACUCACACCACAACCUCACCGCCGCUGCUAUCGCUGGGGAGUGCGGCGCGCCAGGAACUGCUCCUCGAGCGGAUGCCGUACAUGGCGCACAUCGCCCGCCGCAAGCGGUGCUCCUUUGGGACAAUGAAGAUUAGGGAUCUCGAAAAGAUUGUCUCCUUCCAGGGUAUCGGCCCGCUCGGCGCAGGCGAGGAAGAGGAGGAUGAUGCCGCGGACGACGAGAACGGCAACGGUUCGGGUGCGGCCGAGUCGUGGGCGACGGAUAAGCCUACGGACGAGGGCUCGCCGAGGAAGAAACGGGGUCUGGGCGCGAUUUUGGGCGGCAAGACAGCAAGGGGGAAACCUGAGAUGGAGGAGGAGCCAAGUCUGCCGAUGCAGAGCUUGGUGAUCAGUGAUGAUGAUAUCGAGGAUGAUUAGAGGGGGAACUCCUCAUAGAUGGCUUUAGCUUAGACAGCUCGCUCUGGAAAAUGGCGUUGGCAUGGCGUCGUGUUUUUGGGGUGUUGGGUUGGGCGUGCGGGAUGGUAAUUUCAUGCGAUGAUAUCAAGACCU